UAUAAAUGGAUAAUUGCAGAAAAAAUAUUUGACGUUGUAACAUGUAAGAGAGCAAGAAAAGGAGGAAAGAAGAGAUGACAACAGCGACGACAACAACCACUCCCAAUCUCAUGAAUGCGCUUCAGUACGACGCCUAUGGCGGAGGCCCCGCCGGCCUGAAGCACGUUCAAGUUGGCGUUCCCACUCCCAAGACAAGUGAGGUUUUGCUGAAAUUGGAAGCAGUCAGCAUCAACCCCAUUGAUUGGAAGAUUCAGACGGGUGUUCUGCGCGCUCUAUUUUUACCCAGAACAUUUCCCCACAUUCCUUGCACUGAUGUAGCUGGAGAAAUCGUUGAGAUCGGACCGCAAGUCAAAGAUUUCAAAGUGGGAGACAAAGUCCUUGCCAAACUCACUCAUCAAUAUGGAGGUGGACUGGCUGAGUUUGCUGUGGCUAGUGAGAGCUUAACAGCUUCCAGACCACCUGAAGUCUCAGCUGCUGAAGCUGCAGCAUUACCUAUUGCCGCACUCACAGCUCGUGAUGCUCUCAUUCAACUUGCAGAAGUCAAGCUUGAUGGAACUGGCCAGCCCAAGAACAUUUUAGUAACUGCUGCUUCAGGUGGUGUAGGUCACUAUGCUGUUCAACUAGCAAAGCUAGGGAACACCCAUGUCACAGCCACUUGUGGGGCUCGCAACAUUGAGUUUGUUAAGGGCUUAGGUGCCGAUGAGGUUCUUGACUACAGGACUCCGGAGGGGGCAGCACUCAAGAGUCCAUCUGGUAGAAAAUAUGAUGCAGUCAUACACUGUACGACAGGAAUACCUUGGUCAACUUUUGAGCCUAAUUUGGCUGAAAAGGGCGUUGUAGUUGAUUUAACACCUAAUGCAAGUUCGUUGUGGACUGCUGCUCUGAAGAAAGUUACUUUUGCCAAGAAGCGGCUGGUGCCAUUUGUUGUAACUGUCCAGCGUGAGGGCCUGGAACAUCUACUCCAAUUACUGAAGGAUGGGAAACUUAAGUCUGUUAUUGACUCCAAGUUUCCUUUGAGCAAAGCUGAAGAUGCUUGGGCUAAGAGCAUUGAUGGCCAUGCUACUGGAAAAAUCAUUGUGGAACCAUAGAUACAGUUUGCUUUGAGGUGUUGAAUUUGUAGUUUCUAAAUAUCUGGACGAGGUUUUUGUAAAGAUCACAUGACAAUGAAUAACUGUGCGUAUUGUAUGCUUGUAAGGAUUUUAAGUUAAUAUUUGUUGUCUUUUGACACUCUCGAA